AUGUCAGGCAUAUCACGGGCAGUCACAAAAAGGUUCUCUUCCACCAUCACCAUCAAGCCAACUCCUUCAAAAACGCAUCUUCACCAACCCCUUCCUUCUUCGUCUUUUCCAUCCGGAUAUCUGCUCACGGGAGUCCACGCUGGAGUAAAGAAAAAAGCUGAAGUUCUAGAUGUCGGGAUCAUUCUCUCAACAUCGAAGCGACCAACCUCGGCAGCCGCAUGUUUCACUCGAAACGCGUUCAAAGCCGCUCCAGUGCUGGUGUGCGAGCAGGUUUUGGCCGAAAAUAUUGGAAAGGCUAGAGCGAUAGUUGUGAACAGUGGAUGCGCUAACGCAGUCACCGGCAAGCAAGGCAUGGAGGAUGCGUGGGCCAUGGUGAAGGAAACGGAUGCCUUAUUGGAGCCUUUAACUUCGGAUACGGGAGUCCAUGACACACUGGUCAUGUCUACAGGUGUUAUUGGCCAAAAUCUGCCCAUCUCGAAGAUUAUAGCUUCCAUUCGUUCUCAGCAGCGCGAUCAGAAGACGCGGUCCUUGGGCAGCGAUUUCAAUUCAUGGGAGCGUGCCGCCAAGGCGUUCAUGACGACUGAUACGUUUCCAAAACUUAGGUCGAGGGUUUUCACGAUUAAUGGCGUCGAAUAUCGUAUGGCUGGGAUGGACAAAGGCGCAGGCAUGAUCCAUCCUGAUAUGGGUCCUCCUUCCAUCGGAUCGUUGCAUGCGACACUUCUCGGAGCUAUAUUAACGGACGCCGCAGUUUCUCCUCGCAGCUUGCAACGUGCUCUGACAUAUGCUGUCGAGCGCAGCUUCAACUCGAUCAGUGUGGAUGGAGAAAUGUCAACCAACGACACGAUUCUCCUGCUGGCUAACGGUGCUGCUGCAGAAAGGGCCGGCAUCAAUGUCCAGGAAAUUGACGAAGAGACGAAUCCAUCUGGUUACGAACUUUUUCGGCAAGAACUGACGGAGUUUGCUAUCGACCUCGCAAAACUCGUCGUUCGCGACGGAGAAGGUGCAACGAAAUUCGUCACAGUUACUGUGAAGGGUGCAUCCACGUAUCAAGAUGCACAUAAGGUUGCCUCUCGUAUUUCAACAUCAGCGCUAGUCAAGACAGCUCUUUACGGGGAGGAUGCUAAUUGGGGACGUGUCCUGUCGGCUACCGGAGCGGCCCCUUUGAGUGCACCCUUGCAUCCUGACCGAGUCAGUGUCACAUUCGUUCCUUCUGAUGGUUCUACACCUCUCCCAGUUUUAGUCAACGGGGAACCUGAAAAUGUGGAUGAAGAGCGUGCCAGCGAAAUUCUCAGGCUCGAAGACUUUGAAAUUUUGGUCGACUUGGGUGGAGGAGAUGACGCAGAGGUCGCUCGAUACUACACUUGCGAUUUCAGCUAUGAAUAUGUGAGAAUCAAUGGAGAUUACCGCAGCUAA